AUGUAUCAUUUUUGGUGUCCUUUAUGUUACUGGGACGAUUUUGAUACCCAAAGCGAACUCAAUGAACAUUUUGAGGCUACUCAUUACUGGUGCUCUCUUCUACACCAGCACACUCUAAUCCACACUGCUAAAUAUAUUGAGUGCCCUACAUGCCCUCGGAAAUGCUCUAGAGAAUCUGCUAUGGUGUUACAUUUAGAGGUUGGGCGUUGUCCAUCCGGUGUUGGCUCUGAGGGGAUCGAUAAGCUCGCAGGUGAAUGUCGUCAAUGGCGAAGAUUCCUCGACAAGGCAAACGGAUUCAUGUACAAUUGCCCAACCUGCGGCGAGAAAUUUUUGUACAUGAGUGGACUUCUGCAACAUGCUGAGAGUGAGCGUUGCAGUGAGGAUCUAGACGAAACAUACGGCCCGUUGGCAAUAUUUCUCCGGUUUCUUAGAUCACGCCUUGGCUAA